AUGAAACUGCUAAUUCUCUUGCUAUUCGUUUUUGCCGUUCUAGCUUUUGCUGCUCCAAGAGAGCGUAGAAGUGGUAGUAGCAGUGGAAGUGGAGAACAUCGUCGACAUCACAAGAAACACCAUGGACAUCAUCACAGAGGUCACGGAAGAAAUAGAGAAAACUGGAAUGGGAACGGUGGGCAGCAGUCCAACAAUGGAAACAACUGGCCAGGGGAUCGUGGAAACGGACAAAAUGGACAAAAUGGAACUGGGCAAAGAAAUGGGCAAAACCCUUUUGGAAAUCAAGGAAAUGGACAAGGUGGUUUUGGACAAGGACAAAAUGGACAAGGUGGAUUUGGACAAGGACAAAAUGGACAAGGUGGAUUUGGACAAGGACAAGGACAGGGACAAAACGGUCAAUGGGGCCAAAAUGGUUUUGGACAACAGAACGGCCGACGG